GUCACCCGGCAUGCUAUCUGUGUGAGCCUCGGCUCUGCGCACAAUUACUGCCGGACAUAAGCUUGUGAUUACGCGCACUGUGUCCCAUUUGAUGUUUGUUAAUUUGUAACUACAUUAGUUGCCCUACAAACGCAGAUCUGACGAACUGCACUGCGCAGGAUGGAGUGGCAGCCGGAUGAACAGAGUCUGCAGCAAGUUCUUCAGCUCCUCAAGGACUCUCAGUCCCCGGACACAGCAACUCAGAGAGCUGUGCAAGAAAAAUUGGAGCAACUUAACAGGUUUCCAGAUUUCAACAACUAUCUCAUCUUUGUUCUCACAAGCUUAAAAUCUGAAGACGAGCCCACUCGCUCUCUGAGUGGACUGAUACUGAAGAACAACGUGAAGGCUCACUAUCAGAACUUCCCUCCUAAUGUGGCUGAUUUCAUCAAACGAGAAUGUCUCAACAACAUCGGAGAUCCUUCGCCGCUCAUCAGAGCGACGAUCGGAAUCCUGAUCACCACAAUAGCUUCCAAAGGAGAACUGCAGACCUGGCCGGAGCUUCUGCCUCAGCUCUGUAAUCUGCUGAACUCUGAGGACUACAACACCUGUGAGGGUUCUUUUGGAGCGCUACAGAAGAUCUGCGAGGAUUCUUCAGAGUUGUUGGAUAGUGACGCUCUGAACAGGCCUCUCAACAUCAUGAUGCCAAAGUUCCUCCAGUUUUUUAAACACUGCAGCCCCAAGAUCAGGUCACAUGCUAUAGCAUGUGUGAACCAGUUUAUCAUUGGUCGAGCUCAAGCGCUGAUGGAUAACAUCGACACCUUCAUUGAGAGUCUCUUUGCCCUGGCAGGUGAUGAGGACAGUGAAGUGCGGAAGAACGUGUGCAGGGCACUUGUCAUGCUGCUGGAGGUCCGCAUUGAUCGUCUUAUUCCACACAUGCACAGCAUCAUCCAGUACAUGCUGCAGCGUACCCAGGACCCAGAUGAGAAUGUGGCUCUGGAAGCCUGUGAGUUCUGGCUAACUUUGGCUGAACAACCUAUCUGUAAAGAGGUUCUGUCUGGUCAUCUGGUCCAAUUGAUCCCUAUUCUGGUGAAUGGGAUGAAAUACUCUGAGAUCGACAUUAUUCUUCUGAAGGGUGAUGUUGAAGAGGAUGAGACUAUUCCAGACAGCGAGCAAGACAUCAAGCCUCGCUUCCACAAGUCGCGUACUGUUACUCUGCAGCACGAAGGAGGAGACGGUGAGGAAGGAGAGGACAUCGAUGAAGAUGAGGAUGAUGAUGAUGACACUUUGUCAGACUGGAACCUACGAAAGUGUUCAGCUGCAGCUUUGGAUGUUCUUGCUAACGUUUUUCGUGAGGAGCUGCUUCCACAUCUCCUGCCCCUCCUUAAAGGCCUGUUAUUCCACCCAGACUGGGUCAUCAAGGAGUCUGGCAUCCUGGUGCUGGGAGCCAUUGCUGAGGGUCAGACACAGUCUGUUUUUAUUUCUCAAAAUCGAGUGUUCUUCCAUCAUUUUUAUGAUGAGGUCAUCUGAUAAGACUGCCACCAG